AUGCCACGGACAGACCAGAUCCCCCACCGUGACUCCACAGACAGACCUGAGUACCCACCGGGACCCUACCCACAGACCAGCCCUCACUGGGACCCCACAGACAGACCAGGGCCACCAACAGGACCCCACAGACAGACCACGGCCCCCACCGGGACCCAACCAACAGGCCGGGGCCCCAACCAGGACCCCACAGACAUACCAGAGCCCCCACCAGGACCCGAUGGACAGACCAGGGCACCCACCACGAACCCACAGUCAGACCAGAGCCCUCACCAGGACCAUAUACAGACCAUUGUCCCCACUGGAACCCCACACACAGACCAGCUCACAGAGGGACUCCACGGACACACGAGGGCUCCCACUGGAACCCCAGAGACAGACAAUCGCCCCCACCUGGACCAUACACACAGACCAGCCUCCAGCAGGACCCCACAGACAGACCAUGGCUCCCACCAGAACCCCACAGACAGAACAGGGCCCCCACUGGGAAAACACAGACAGACGAGGGCCCUCACCGGGAUCCAACACUCAGACCAGGGGACCCCAUCUCGACCCUACAGACACAGCAGGGCCCCAACUGGGACCCCACGGACAGACCAGGGCCCCCACCAGGACCCAAUGGACACACCAGGGUCCCCACCAGGACCCAAUGGACAGACAAGGGCCCCCACAGUGACGCCACAGGCAGGCCAUUCCCAAAAGGGACUCCUGAGACAGACCAGCCCCCACUGGGAGCCCACAGACAAACCAGGUCCACUACCAGGAACCCACGGAUAA